UGGUGGCGUCACAGACCCGCCUCUACUAACCGCGAAUCGACGCGAUGUAAACAGUUACCCCACGAGCAGGUGUGAGGGUGAGAGCUACACCUUCUUCCUCCAGUAGAUUUAAGUGAUCGACGGUCUGCAAGAUGGCAACGCCGAAGCAAGUGUUAAAGAGCGUGGGUCCCAAGUUGGUGCCAUUCUUCAAGACCGUAGCAAUCUACUUCGUUUUAUUUAUACCGUCAGACCAACCUUCUAUUUUUGCAGUAGUGAUAAAAUGUCUGCCAGUUCUCUCUCUGAUUGCCUUUGUUCUGCUACAUGGCAUGAGCCUUGGAGAAGAGUAUGCUUAUUCUAGAAGAAUAUUGUUGGGAUUGAUCUUCUCGGUCUUCGGUGACGCGCUGCUUAUCUGGGAAGACUUCUUUGUCCAUGGCCUGGGAUCAUUCCUAAUUGCACAGAUCUUGUAUAUCUCUGCCUUUGGCUUUAGACCCUUCAACAUAUACGUUGCCACUGUUGUGUAUUCUCUCACAGCUCUAGGCAUUUACCUUCUACUGCCAGGGACGUCUGGGUUAGUUAGCAUUGGCAUGCCAAUCUACACUUUCCUGUUAAUGACAAUGGUGUGGCGGGCAGUUGCUAGAGUCCAGCUUUUUGAGGAAUUGUGGACCUGGACCAAACUUUGCUCCUGCGUUGGUGGCAUUCUCUUUGCAGUGUCAGAUGCUGGUAUCGGAUUCAGCGCCUUCUAUUGUCAGAUACCUCACUCUCAGGCCAUCAUAAUGGUAUCGUACUAUGCAGCUCAGCUUGGAAUUUCACUCAGUGUUGUUGAUAGCAAAGCUAGCUAUCUAGAUUCAGUGCGGGACAACAAGAUGCAGAAUAUUCAGCAGCAUAUACCAAGUGAUAGUGAGGAUGAAUCUUUCAUGGAAAAACUAGUAACGUCAUCGUCUUACUCCAGUGCUUCCCUCUGUGACUCCACUAGUCUCCUUGUCCGUCGACACACGGUCCACCUUGGCAGUAUACAAUAAGUAUGAAUUUUAUCAAUCUUAUGAGGCUUAAAGUUUAUAUUUUUUAAUUGAAUUUGGUGGUGUGUGUUAGGGUUAUGAUAUAGUGUGGAGCUGUAUGGUAGGCACGGUAGGCAUGGUUCGGUAGUAAAGCAGCAAUGCAAGCUUGUCAGGCAGUGUUUGACUGACUGUCACCAACCAGGUGUGGAGUGGACAGUGUUAAGAUUUUUGUCCAUUUCUACAAAUGGGGUUUAGUUUGUGGCAUCUUUAAAAGACAGCUCAUGGUAUGGGCACAUCACAUUCUGUCAGCUCGAGUGAUAUCGAGUGACUGUAGGAAGUAGUGGUGCAGUCUUCGGUUUCACUUUCUGAUGGUAAGACCUAUAUAAAUGUAGAAGUGUACAGUAAGAGCUGUACAUGAGCUCUUAGUUCCAGUAAGUGAGAAUUUUUAUUGUUAUUGUUAUUGCACUUUGGUUAAUUCUUUGAGAGAAUUUGUAACCUUUUAACGCAACCUCCUGCACCAUAAAAUGAGUUUUAUGCUCAAGACGUGACUUGACUUUAACUUGUAACCAAAUGGCUUAUUUAUCAGUACUCAGUAGCCUUAUUUUCCUUCAAUUUAUUUAAUUUUUCAUACCACAGACUGUAUGUUAAGUUUAUUUUAUGGCUAUAUUUUGAGGCUUCUUAUUAUAUUGAGAAACAUCAUCAUGCUGGUAAGGCAGUUCUUUGAAAUGUAUUAGUAGCAAACAUUAAGCAAUGUCUUAAUUAAGAUGGCUUUUCUUUACCUGCAGAAUUGUCAUCAUAAAUUUUAGUGUUACAAAAUAAAUAAAAGCAAAUUUUGUUAACAUUUUACUGACAUUUGAAUGGGUUAAAUUUUCUUGAAUUAGCAUGAAGAAAUUUGUCAAUAGUUUUCUUAGUAUAAUUCUAAAUAUUAAUAAUGAAUCAUUGAAAUAUGUUCUGUGGCUACUUUCUGCACUAUACAGCAUUACAAAAUCUGAAAUUCAGGCUCUGGGUACAGAACGUAAACAAGUUUUGAGUUCAGUUUAAGCCAUCUCUUAAGAAGAGUUUGUUGCAGAGGAAGAUACGGGAGAACAAGACUGGGGUUAUUAAUGUCUUUAAAAUGCAUUGGCUUUGUGUUUAUGAAUUUAGCAGAAUUCACAUGAAAAAAUUGGUUUAGUAUUUCAGACCCCAUAGAAUUCAAUUUUGUUUAAAAAAAAUUAUUUUCUUGAUUGUUCAAAAUAUUCAGUAAUUGCUAUACUUUUAGAUGGAUUUCAAUUAAAUUUGUUUAUAUAUAUAUAUAUAUAUAUAUAUAUAUAUAUAUAUAUAUAUAUAUAUAUAUAUAUAUAUAUAUAUAUAUAUAUAUAUAUAUAUAUAUAUAUAUAUAUAUAUAUAUAUAUAUAUAUAUAUAUAUAUAUAUUUUAUAUAUUAUAUGUAUAUGUAUACACUUCUAAUGCAGUGGUCAAGCACAGUGUAUACAUAGUUUGAAUUUCUGGCAAUGUUUCUUGGUACAGUAAUUUUCUUGUGCUAACGUAAUGAAGGUGGCCAAAUGUUUAUGCCUUGGCUGCAGGCGUGAUUACUCCAAGGCUUCCACUUGCCAUCAGGUGGUGCUCUGAAUAUGUCGGGACCAGGGGUCAGUGUUGCCAGAUCUCAGGUGCAGGAAGAGUCUCAGGUUGCCAUUCAGGAGCUUGUGAUUGCUUUGUAUGUUUGAAGAUUCCUCGCUCUCAAAAAAAAGUGUCAACUGAAUACAGGUGAUCUGAAAGUAUCUGCUCGACAAUAAUGUUAGAUUUAAAUAUUUUUUAUUAUUGAUUGAUAGAUUUGUACGGUGUUUUUUAACCUCUCUGUACGUAGCAUAUCUCGUAGGCAUUGUUGUGUCCGUGUCACAUUUGCUCAAAAUCUGCUUUAAUCAACAGUUUUGAAAGACUAUAUUACUGAUUCUAAUCAAUUAGUACCUAAAAACUCAAGUGGAAAUAAAUGUUUAGUGAAGCAUUCCUUAUUGUAAUGUCUGGAUGUGUCGUGCAGAAUCUUGAAACCAAAUAUCCUGAGAAAUAAAAAAAAUUCACGUGUGUUAAUUUACAUAUUGGUAGGUAGAUCCACAUGGAUAAGCAUAAACAAAAUCUUUAUUUUACACUGAAACUAGUUAAAUUUAACCUAACCAUACCACAUAAAAAAUGCAACUAUAAUGUUGCUGAAACCCAACAUAAUUUAAGGUGAAAAUUAUUUGUUGGCAUUGUUUGUUGUUAACAUUGCUGAAAUGUUAAUUUUGUCAUUAGCAAACUGACUCUUUUUACCUUUUUAGAUAAAAUAAUUGGGUCAUCCUCCAGUAAGAAUAGAACCUAUAGUUACUAUAGAUGGGAUGUACAAAAUAUGGAUGUGUACCUCCAAAAAUGUUUACAUUUUGUACAACAGUAUAUUUACAUUUUGUUUACAUUUAAUGUACAAAAUGCUUCGAUACAAAACAUUUACAUGUUAUAUAACAGUACCAAAGGCCGCACCAUGAAGUGGACCAGAGUGACCAUAAACCUAACCUGUCCUAAGCCAAUGAUAUGCCAUCUUAGGCCUUACUUAGACUUAUACUAGGCCUAGGAAGUCAUGUAUGGUUGUUGCCUUCUCAGGCCCUUUACACUAUUUACCUGUAGUAAAAAAAAAAACCAUACUGUUUGGCUACAACAGUCCUGCCAUAGUAACUAUAGGUACCAUCAUGUUUUAAAUAAUAAGCUCUGCCUGUUGGACAAAACAUUCUGUACCUCUUAAGCCUAGUUGACUUGUUCUCCCAAAAUGUUCACAACAUAUAUUGUAUGUAUAAAAUAUAUUUAACAAACGAGAGGAUUAAGGAUGGCCUUUACUGUAAUUUCAUUCUUUUAAAUUGCAAGGCGAAGGACUGGGCUUAAGACUCAAGAAGCUCCCGAGCAGCAAUUAACUAGUCAUCUUUGAAAGGCUCUUUCUGCUCCCUACCCAGUACAACACGAGUGUCACAUACAAUUUCUAAAUAUUUAGAAAAAAUUCAGCUUCAUCUAAUGAGUUUUUUUUUUCAGAAUAUACUGUGUAUCACUUUAAUACUACAGUUAUAAUAAAAUAUUUAAUAUAGUUCUAUGAAUGUUUCAGGGCCAUUCACUAAGCUGAACUGCCCUAAAUCUGUUCAUGGCAAGGGCUACGAUCCUAAGUGCCAAAGUAUAAGAAAAUAUAAAAUCAAAAAUCCUGUUUAAAAAUUUGCAUGGGAAUAUUCAUUAACCGUCAUUUGAAAAGGAGUCAUUUGUUCAAAUAAAGACAGUUAUAAUAGCUGAAAGUUUUUUCAUUAGUCACUAUAGUUUUUUGUGCAAGUGGAGGACUUUUGUAUACAGUUUAGUAUACCAUAAAAGAAUGAUCUUGAAAUUAUGUAUCAGGUAUCGCAAGAAACCCCACGGUGAAAUGGGGAAAAUGGUCUUUGUACUCUCACUUCGCUAAGAGCAUUUUCAGAGACUGUUAUAUCUUCGGGAUAACAUUUAGAUACUGCAGUAUAUACCCCUUUAUACAACUUAAUAAAUGACAAAAUAAAUUGUUGCAAAAAACAAAUCAAGGACUUGAGUCCGGAUGUUUAUUCACUUCUCGAUAAUGAAGGUUAGAUUACUCAUCAGAUAACUUAACCUAAUCCUAAGAAAACUCAAAUUUGUUUAACCUAUUUAAAUUGUAAGAAUCAUUUUAAUGAGCAGGUCAACUGUUAUAAUUUCUGCUUACAUAGUGGGCUCCUGGUCAGAAUGGUAUGGUGACUAUAAGAUUCUGCAUGGUUGAACCUUUCUAAAGGUGACAUCUGUUAACAAGUAUGUCUGGAAUCCUUUUAUAAGUUAAGAUGAGUUUGAAGGAUUAAACAUGAAAUGAACAAAUGUGAUUUAUAUCCAAAUGUGCUAUUUGUAAGUCUUCAAGUUUAACUAGUAGUUAUCUUUACAGUAUGUGACAUCCCCACAUGGUCUCUCUACCUAAUAGUUUUUGAGGAAUGGAUGAAUCUGAAAAAAUAUAAGCAUUUAUGAGUGUUAUCCACAUUAUAUAAGGUUUUGUGUAUUAGAGUAAACAAAAUCAAAUAAUAUAAAAUGGCAUAAUUAAAAAUUACAAUGUAAAAUAUCAGAAAAUAAAUUAGUUCUAACCGUUAGUACCAAAUGGUCAUUAUUGUUGAUUAUAGCACUAGAUAUGUUUUAUUUGCAGUGUGUCAGUGUGAUACCAGUGAUGACAUUCAGAGUAUCAAGUACCAAAGCAGUUUUAUGUAUUACAUAAUUUAUUAUGAAUUCUUAUUUCCUGCUAGAUUAUGGUGAUGCCUAUAGCAGAGCCAUCUAUUGAUGAGGAAUGUUAGUAAUCUUUAUAUACUGUAUAGGGAUUACAGAUUACAUAGGUCAAUUCAUUUAUAAUAUUAACCUGAGGAAUGGUACAUUUUACAUUCAUUUUUCUAGGUUAACGAGAAAGAGACGAAACUCUAGAUCUAACAUACGUAGUUUUCAAGAGAUUUGCCUUAAUUUGUUCAGUCUUCCUCUUAUCUAUGAAAGACCAUUCUGCCUGAUUGUAUUCAGGAAAUUGGGUAACUUAGUUCGUCUUGGCGCAUAUUCCAAAUAGAACUUGCAUAAAUUAUCAGUUAUAGAAAGCUUUGACCAGUUAUAUACACAGUAUUAUUAGAUUGUAUGUAAUAUAUUUUUCCUAGUAAUAUGUGGGAAAUAUAGUGCACAUAACCUUGGCACACACUUCAUGGGAAUAUUUUAAAUCAAUUUAUCUGAUAAACUUUGUUAUUUUUGUGUGUUAAUAACUCGGAGAAUUCAAUGGCAAUUAUUUAUUUAAAAUUGUCAUUGAUAUUUAGUAAAAAAAUACGAAUUUGUUGAGGACAAUCAUGAGUAGAUGGGCUGGUUUGUGCUCGGCUUUCUUUGUUUCUUGUGGGGAAGGAUAUACAGUCCUAUUAAGGUGCCAAUGACCUCGUAACAACCUCACAGUUAAGAUGUUGUAGUUCUUUUUUAUUUUUAUAUUAACGCUCCCGGACACAACGUCAAUGUCAAUGCUUUAGUGAAACUAAAAGCAACAAAGUUUUAAAGUGCUUGCUGGGACCAAUGAGCAAGUUGGAGGGGAACUGCACAGGCUCGUACUCCUUUGCAGACGAGGAGUCACAAUAAAGUGGCUGAAAUAUGUUGACCAAACCACUCACUAGAAAGUGAAGGGACGACAACGUUUCGGUCCGUCCUGGACCAUUCUCAAGUCGAUUGUCAGGACGUCAUUCACAAUCGACUUGAGAAUGGUCCAGGAUGGACCUAAACAUUGUCAUCCCUUCACUUGCUAGUGUGAUUUCUGUAUAUAUAUCAAUUAAUUACAAAAUUCUAUGGUACCAAACAUUGCAUGAAGUUAUGUGAGAAGCUAAUAGUUAGUUGGCUUAGUAAAAUUAUCACUUCCAGCAAGGCAAAGAGCACCAUAUUUUUAAGCAAGUGUUGCUUAGGCUUAAAUUCAGAAAAUUAUUAGCUUCUAAAUUUGAAAGAUAAUAGUACAGAUAAAUAUUGUUUAAUAUACCAUACUGGUGUUUUAGGGGGCUUGACUUAAAUGUUGACAAUAUUUUACAUUUAACAUUGUUUAAACCAAUUAUAUAGACUCAUGAUGACAUUGAGGAUUUUCUUGGGGGAGCCACUCCAGAGAGCCUAUGGGUCUUGCCCAGAAAAUGGCGUUUCAUUACAUUCAAUGCGGAUUUUUUAAUGAGAGGCUCU